AUGGCAAAGACUAAGACGAGACAGCCGUCACUGCACUCGCGCGCUGCUCGCCGCGCGGAGGAGCCCGUCGACAAGUCGCUCCAGACCCUCACAGACGCUUCGUCGCUCCCCAAAUCGAAGCCCAAGAUUGGCGCCUCGGUCCUCGCCGCUCAGGAUGCCGGCAUCUCGAAGAAGCAGAAACAGAAGCGCCUGACCCACCAGCAGCGCGUGCGCCAAGAGCGAGCCAUGGAGAAGGCCGACGCCAAUUUCGACAAGCACGAAAAGAAGGUCGAGGAGAGUAAGAGAAGGGGCCGGAGGGUCCAAGAGAGGAGAAAGGACUGGGAGGCCCUGAACGGUGAUGCCAAGGCCACAAACGCCUUUGCCGCUCUGCAGGACGAUGGGGAAGACGAUGUGAAGAUGGAAUCGGCGCCGAAGGGGUCUGAAAGCCUGGCUAGCAUCAAUGCCGAGACAAUCGCGGCUGUCGGCCGGAAGCCUACGAAUGCCUUCGGCUCGGUGCCCCAAAACCAAGCCAGCGGGGAAGCCGCAGAUGACGAUCUCGACGUGGCGGAGUGA